AUGGCCAAUGGAGGUUCCAUUCCCGGUAUCAGUCGGCUUGGUCAGUCAGCUCCCUUGCUGGGAUGCCGGCCAGGCGACGCAGCAUAUGCGACAAGCCCAGAGCCUCUUGUUCAAGCCGGUCGAUGGAAGCCAUCUCCCAGGUUCUGGUGGAUAGAAACAGCUCUCUGGGCCAACGUCUUCCUCUCGGGAUUCGAUGGAACAAUCACGGCGUCUACCUAUGCCGCGAUCAGCUCCGACUUCGAUGCCGCCAAUAAUGCCUCAUGGCUGACGACGUCGUACUUGAUCACCAGCACAGCGUCCCAGCCGCUCUAUGGGCGCUUCUCUGACGUAUUCGGGAGGCGUGUCUGCUUCUUCAUCUCCACCAUCACCUUUAUAUUGGGAUGCUUCGGCUGUUCGGUGGCUCAGAGCAUGACACAGCUCAACGUAGCACGGGCGGCGGCGGGAUUUGGUGGCGGAGGCCUGAUCACGAUGGCAUGCCUUGGGGGCGUGAUUGUUGAUGGGAUUGGGUGGAGGUGGUGCUUCCUCUCGCAAGUGCCCAUCUCCAUUUUUGCGCUCGUCGUUGGCUACUGCAUCUUGUCGGGGUCCGAGCAUGCAACUGGGCACCAGCUGCGCGUAGUUCUGGGCAGAUUAGAUUUUGCCGGCGCGCUGAUUCUUGUUGGGGCCUUGGUCACCCAGCUGCUGGGGCUGAGCCUGGGAGGUAACGACUACCCAUGGAACAGCGAGGUCGUCAUCGGUGCGCUGGCUUUGAGCGUCCUCCUGCUUGCCGCCUAUCUCCUAGUCGAGGCUAAAACCGAGGCGAUGCCGAUCAUACCGCUCCAUAUGCUGCAUGGAUGGCAGCCAGCAGCCGUCCAGCUGACGAACGUCUUUGUCGGCAUGUCGUCGUACGCCUACAUGUUUAUGGUUCCACUCUUCUUCCAAGCCGUCCGUGGUGAUUCUCCGUCAGCCGCCGGCAUGCGGCUGAUGAUCCCAUCGAUGGCGACGCUCGGCGGUGGAAUCCUCGCAGGCCUGAUGAUGCAGCAGGGUUUCCAACUGCGCUAUAAUGUACGCAAGGAAACUGCCUUGAUGCUUGUUGGGAAUAUCCUAGCGUGUAUAAUGGGGACGGCCGGAAACCGGUGGACGGAAAUGGCGUAUCUGGUCCCUGCGAACCUUGGAGUCGGCCUAACGAACCCAAGUGUGCUAUUCAGCUUCGUCUCCCUUUUCGAAUACAGAGAACAAGCAGUUGCUACUUCUACCGUAUACCUGAUUCGCUCUAUGGGCAGCAUUUUUAUGGCACUUCCACAAACGCUCGGCCCAGACGCGAGCGAUGAGGUGACCUCCCCCCCGUUUCUCGCCGUGUUGUCUCGUCAAGAAGCUAAGGAAAUCCAUAUUUCGCUGCGGGAACUUCCACCGGCUACCGAGAUAGCAGUGCGGGCAUUGUAUGGUGACAUCCUGAGGAUAGCAUUCGUCGCAUCGAGUGGCUGCGCGCUGUUGGCGUUCGUCUUUUCAUGGGCUCACAGGACCGAGGCGAUGUCGAGAAAGAAUUAGAGGAUCUCGUACUGAUGAAUUUGGGUUGUAUUCGCUUCGCGAGUGGAUGCUUGGGAGAGUACCGCGCUCGUCGCUAUUUUUCAGGACUCCUUCCAUAUCAAUUUGCUUUGAUUCUUUGGAGUGGGAGUUCGUGGAGCAUAAGCGGUCGGCUCCGGGCGAUAGCGGCUGCGCAUAUGAGGGGGUGCUGGGGGGCAUUCCGCAGAAAGAUCAGGCCCAAGUGGGUGCGUGAUGGAAG